UUUUCCAAAAUUUCCAGCUCGACAAGUUGGACCUAACGAGAUCAGUCCAGUAGCUGCCAUUCAUCCACUCCACGCUCUUCUUGCUUGCCUGUCCCCUUUCCCUUUUCCCAUCGGAGGAGAGAUCCGUCCUGCGGUGGCGGUGCCGUACGAUGGACUCCCCCUGCCAAAGCUGCCGGCUGUUUGGUGCCCAGAGAUCGCCGCACGACCUCCUCGGCGGCGGCGCCGUGGCGGAUGUGGUGCUGUGGAGGAGGAAGGAGCUGGCCGGCGGGAUGCUGGCGGCCGUGGUGGCGUCAUGGGCGCUCUUCUACUGCGUGCCCGGCAACACGCUGCUCUCCUUCGUGUCCCAGGUGCUCAUGAUCCUGCUCACCGUCCUCUUCGUCUGGGCCAAGGCUGCGCAGCUGCUCAACAGGGCACCUCCACCUAUUCCAUUGAUGAAAAUUUCUGACGAGUCAAUGAGUGAAGCAGCAGAAAUAGUUGGUAGCUUCAUGAAUAAGGUGCUCAAGGAUUUUGAAAACAUUGCACUUGGAAAGGAUUCCAGCCUCUUCUACAAGGUGGCUUUUGUGUUGUUGCUGACCUCCAUAGUUGGCCGACUGACUGAUCUUAUCACUUUGGUAUAUACAAGUGUUGUUAUUGCUCUCACGGUCCCUGCAUUGCUGGAGAAAUCCGAAGAACACAUUGUCAGGUCCUUCAAGAAAGCUUCUAUAUAUGUUCAGGCAUGUGGCAGAGCGUGCAAAGAGUAUAAAUGUAACAUGACAAAUAUGAUAUCGGAAACGAAGAAGCUGCGUUGAUGUCAAUCUGUAUUCGCUAUGAAAUUUUGACUCGUGUAAUAUGUUUCAGAGCGAAAUAGUUUUGACUUUUGACAUCAAUCACAAUCGUGAUCUGUCUGUCUACAUAAUGUAGCCUUGGAGCUGCAUUGCCUGCAUGGAAUGUUAUAUGGCUGGGAAAUAUUAGAAUUUUAGCUUUGUGAUGAAA